UGUUAGGCUAGCCCUUCUCAAGAAGAGCGGGGAAGAAGACUGGAGGAACAGAAUCAACAAAAAGCAAGACGCUGUCAAAGUGGUCGUCUCUGAACAUCAGUCACAGCUAUGGGAAGUCAAGCAGAGCUUCAAAAAGAAGGAAGAAGGAGUGAUUAUUGAUGGCAGUUCUGUGUCUAAUCUGCUCUGGGAACCUGUCUUUGCUUCUACUUAUUCUCCUACUGUAUCUAAUGGCCAAAAAUAUCAGUAUAUUGUACCUUCUAACCAGGUCAGUCCUCCUAAUGUUAGGGAGUCAAGUCCCCUGAUGGUUGAUGACCGUCAUCCAUGGAGAUGGAAGAGAAUGGGAGACGACGUUGAAUCCCAGAUGUCCAUUGGAGAAAGGAUGCAGCUCAUAUCUGCCCGGGAAGAAGCCUGGAAAGUCAGGGGCAAAGGGGCAGCCAAUGACUCCACCCAGUUUACUGUUGCUGCGCGAAUGGUCAAGAAAGGCUUGGCACCUCCAUCAGUAAUAAGUCCUGUUAUCUCACCAGCCAGAAUAAAGAACACCACGCCUGCCAUUUCCAAACCUCAAGAAGAAAUCGAGGAAUCACCCGACAUAGCAGCAAAAAUUGAAGCCAGGCCUGAUAUGCAUUUGGAGUCUGACAGAAAGCUUGACAAAUUGGAGUCUUUCUUGGGCCGACUCAACAAAGUGGGUGGAAUGCAAGAGACAAUGCUAACCGUGACAGAAAAGUCUGUAAAAGAGGUGAUGAAGUUGGACGAUGAUGAAAUUUUUGCCAAAUUCUACCGACCUUUAGAAGAUUUCUCCCAAUUGCCCAGAGAUUUCGAUAUUGCUGAAGACGAUUUUGAUGUCAUCUUUGACCCUCUUACACCAAAACUCACCUCAGCAGUGGCAGAACACAAGCGAGCUGUGAGGCCGACGCGCAAAGUUCAGGCAUCCAGAAACCCUCUGAAACUGCUCGCUGCGAGAGACGACAUCUACCAGGAAUACACAGAGCAGAGGCUCAACAUUGCCUUCAUGGAAUCAAAGAGGAUGAGAGCGGAGAAGAUGACCAAGAAUUCAGGUUACUCAGAGGUAGCACUGGCUGGACUGGCAAGUAAAGAAAACUUCAGCAGCGUUAGUCUCAGGAGCGUCAAUAUAACUGAGCAGAUGUCCAACAACAGUGCUGUGCCGUACAAGAAACUAAUGCUGAUGCAGGUCAAAGGGCGACGACAUGUACAAACAAGACUGGUUGAACCACGAGCAUCAUCCCUGAACAGUGGAGACUGCUUCUUGCUAGUUACACCUCACCACUGCUUCAUAUGGAUAGGGGAGUUUGGAAAUGUCAUCGAGAAAGCCAAGGCCAGUGAACUUGCAGGCUUUAUCCAAACAAAGAGAGACCUGGGCUGCAGAGCUGCUUAUGUGCAGACGAUAGAGGAAGGAAUCAACACGCACAGCCACGCAGGGAGAGAGUUCUGGAAACUACUGGGGGGACAGUCCAACUAUCAGGGUGCUGGAAGCCCAGAGGAAGAUGAGCUCUAUGAAAGUGCAAUAGUAGAAACUAACUGCAUUUACAGGCUGCUGGACGACAAGCUUGUCCCCGUCGAUGACUUCUGGGGUAAAGUGCCGCGGUGCACACUGCUGAACUCCAAAGAGGUGCUUGUGUUCGAUUUUGGGAGUGAGGUGUACGUGUGGCAUGGGAAAGAGGUUACUUUGGCUCAGAGAAAGGUGGCGUUCCAGCUGGCAAAGCACUUGUGGAACGGCACCUUCGACUACACCAACUGCGACAUCAAUCCUCUGGACCCGGGGGAGUGCAACGCGCUCAUACCCAGGAAAGGCCAGGGGCGUCCUGACUGGGCUAUCUUUGGCAGACUUACUGAGCACAACGAAACAACUUUAUUCAAAGAGAAGUUCUUGGACUGGACAGAAUCGAAGAAGCUGCCUCCAAAGAAUGGAAAUGAACAGUCCACUGAGCAGAAGCAUGAGCAGCAUGGUCAUGAGUUUAAGCCGUACAGUGCAGAGCUGAUGCUGCCAGUGCCCAAGACUCCAGUGGGCACAGUGCUGGAUGGCAUGAAUGUUGGGCGCGGUUCGGGGUUUGUGGAAGGGGAUGACAGGAGGCUGUUUGAGAUCACCACUCAGGGCAUAGAUGUGUGGCACAUUCUGGAGUUUGACUACAGCCGGCUGCCCAAGCAGAGUAUUGGGCAGUUCCAUGAAGGAGACACGUAUGUGGUGAAGUGGAAGUACAUGGUGAGCGCUGCAGUUGGGAAAAGGCAGAAUCCGGAGCAGGUUCGUAGUGCUGGCGCUGGGAAGGAGAGAUGUGCCUAUUUCUUCUGGCAGGGGCGGCACUCGACGGUGAGCGAGAAGGGGACAUCUGCUUUGAUGACAGUGGAGCUGGAUGAGGAGAGGGGAGCUCAGGUUCAGGUGUUACAAGGAAAGGAGCCCCCCUGUUUCCUGCAGUGUUUCAAUGGAGGGAUGAUUGUGCAUUCAGGGAAAAGGGAAGAGGAAGAAGAAAACACGCAAAGUGAUUGGCGGUUGUACUGCGUGCGAGGAGAGGUCCCGGUUGAAGGGAACUUGCUGGAGACGGCUUGUCACUGCAGCAGCCUGCGCUCCAGGGCUUCUAUGAUCCUUCUCAAUGUCAACAAAGCCAUUAUCUAUCUGUGGCACGGCUGCAAGGCUCAGCCACACACCAGGGAUGUGGGAAGGACUGCAGCUAACAAGAUAAAAGAACAGUGUCCGUUGGAAGCUGGACUUCACAGCAGCAGUAAAGUGACGAUACAUGAAUGUGAUGAGGGAGCAGAGCCAGUAGGAUUCUGGGAAGCUGUGGGAAAGAGAGACCGGAAAGCUUAUGACUGUAUGUUGCAAGAUCCUGGUAAAUUCAACUUUACGCCACGUCUGUUUAUCCUGAGUAGUUCUUCUGGGGAGUUUCUUGCCACGGAGUACCUCUAUCACUCAAGGCAUGCAGAGCUAGUGAACUCUUUACCAUUCUUACAAGAAGACCUUUACACCGCCCCACAGCCAGCUCUCUUUCUGGUCGACAAUCACCACGAGGUUUACCUGUGGCAGGGCUGGUGGCCCACAGACAGCGAGACUGCGGGCUCUGCUCGAAUCCGGUGGGAUGCAGAUAGGAAGUGUGCCAUGGAGACUGUGUUGCAGUACUGCAGAGAAAAGAACUACAAGAAACCUCCCAAGUCCUACCUGAUCCACGCUGGGCUGGAACCCCUGACGUUUACCAACAUGUUCCCCAGCUGGGAGCACAGAGAGGAUGUUGCGGAAAUCACAGAGAGGGAGGCAGAGUUGUGCAGUCAGAUCAUCCUGGUGGAGGACGUACUGGCCCGGCUGUGUAAGACAGUCUACCCCCUGGAUGAGCUGCUGGCCAGGCCCCUCCCAGAGGGUGUCGACCCCCUGAAGCUGGAACUCUACCUUUCAGACGACGACUUUGAGGAGAUAGAGUCAACUAUGAAGAAAGCGUUAGACAUGGUGAGAGAAGAAUAUGAGGCGCUUCCUGCCUGGAAACAAGUGAAAGUAAAGAAAGCCAAAGGCCUGUUUUGAGUGGUGUGCAGCCCCGAUGGGUCUGGCCCACCAGGACUGUGCUGGACCUGCCACUAGGAUCGCUUUAAGCAUCUUCGAACCAGCAGUGGUGUGAAGUCUCCUCUAAUCAUCAAGAGACUGAGAGGGAGAGAGGAAGAUCAGAGAAAGAAAUUAGGUUGUAGAUAUGCCUGCCUGUACUAGUUUGUCAUAUAUAUUUUUUUCUGUUGUAAAUGUUUAGGAGACCCCUGAGCAGUUUUUUUUUUUUUUCCAGUGGAGUGGAUUUUCAGGUUCAGAGCAGCAAUGCUUUUAUAUUCAUAGACCUUGUACGCACUUAUAUUUAGCAGUUGUCCCAAAGACAUCUGCAAGAUAUCACUCUGCCUCAUACUGCCUACCAAUUUUUGAUAAGAUUCUCUUUGUAAGGUGUUAUUUUGUGUGUGUUCAUGCAUCAUAAAGAAUUUAUAUUUAUAUAAACACCUAGGAAGGAAAAAAAAAAUAUAUAUAUAUUCUCUAUAAAGGGUUUGUGUCAUAUCUUGAUAUGUAGAAGAAACAAAAUGUGUGUAUAAAAA